AUGCAAGCAAGCAAUUCAGAUUGUUCGAAUUGUUCAAGUUGUUAUAAUGAAACAAAUGAAGAGAGUUUGAAACUUUUACAAGGAAAUAAUUUAUACAUAAUCGAUUUAUUGACAAUUGAAAAAGAAAAGCCAGUGAAAGCUCCUGGUAAAGGGAUAAUAGAAAGAGGAACUAUUAAACGAAGAAUUGUGAUGAAACGCUUAUCUGAAGAAUCUAUAAAAAACCUAAAGGAACAA